GAUAUACCACAAUAUGGUUGUUAUCAACUUAAAACAAAGUACACGACAAUAAAAUAUUAAAAGUUAAAGAAUGUGCGAUGGAAAUUAGCAAAAAAGAAGAAAAAAAAAAAAUUUAUAUAUAUCCAUAAAUAUCUAUAUAAAAUUUAGCAGAUUAAUUACAAAAAUUUUCCAUUAAAAAAAUUAUAUUAAAAGAGUGAAAAAAGUAAAUUUAUUUAAUUAAUAAAUAUGAAAAAGAAAUUUACAGCAUUUUUUUUUUUUUAAAAGCCUAUAAUAAAUCAUAGAAAAAGCAAGUGAAAGUGUUUGAAAAUAAAAUUGUGUACCAGGAGAAAAAUAUUUGUAAGAAGAAAAAAGUUUCUUUUUUUUCGGUAAAAAUCACGCAGUUUUAACAACCGCGAAGAAGACGACGACGACAAACAUUUUUGGGUGUUUUACCAAAAACAAAAAGAAAUGAUUACGACGAUAAAAUUUAGUACAACUAAAAGAAACAAACCCAUAAACGAUUUCUCUUUACAAAAUUGUACUUAGUUUCAACUUUUUUACUUUUGUUUGGAAAAAUACUAUAAAAAUACCAGAUCAAAAUCUAUCUAUGAACGGUGAUAUGGGAGUGAGAAAUAGAUAUAAUGUGUAUUUAGCUUCACAGCAAUUACAACAGACCCAUCGAAAAUGUCAUCAUAGACAAUCGUAUAAAAAAGAAAAACAGCAGCAGCAGAGGCACCAUCAAAAGUCCCUCAAAGUGCAACAGCUAGAAGGACAACAAAAGCUAUAGAACAACAAAUCAAAAAUGUACAAUAUCUACCACCAAAACAGCAAUAUUCAAUAAACAAAAAACAGCAACGAAAACUGCAACAGCAACACAACAAACUAUUAAAAAUCCAAAGUGGCCAACAAAAUCACGUAGAACUAACAACAAAACAUAAAAGGGAAAAAGCCAAAACUAAAGGAACCACAAACCGAAAUGCAAUAGAAAAAGCAGCACCACAUAUACAGCAACCACAUAAACUAAGGACAUCAGUAGAAUUUCUAAGAAAUUUGACGAAAAACAGAGGUUUUACCUUAAAGCGUUUGUGGGCUUUAUUACUACUAGCAUUAACAUGUAGUGGGUCUACAACAAGAUAUCACUCUAAUAGGUCACUUUGGAUGCCCUCCGUAGCCUCGAUGGCUUCGUUAGCUUUAACACAAACUUCUAUGGUCUUCGCAGCGGUGGCCUAUGAACCCCCCAUUAAGUAUCAUCACACCGAUAAUGAUGUGGAAGAGUCGGAUGGCAUGGUGGUCGAAGAUAUUGAUGUAAAUAGUAAUGAACAACAAUUGCUGGCCUAUUAUAAGAAAGCUCAAAAGGAACAUGAACAAUUGAAAAGACAGCAACAAGAACAACAAAUGCUACAACUGCAGCAGCAACAACAACAACAACAGCGUCAUCAUCAUCAAGAGCGUGAUAUAAAAAGGAAUACGGUGGUGUUGUCACAACAAAUGGAUUUUAAUGAUAUUUUACCCACAGCAGAUGUCAUCUCUACACUAGACGCGAUGGAGGCGACGUCUAAGAAAAAAAGUACUGCCACUAAACGUAGCACCACAAAACAUACUUCUACGGCUCCAACGCCAACAUCUGGUCCAAAAUCAAUGCUGACGACUAGCACAACUACUACCACCACUACUACCAGCGCUACUACUGCCAGCAGUGAAGAGAAAUGCGAGCCCAAGGUUUUGGAUGAAGUGCCAGCUGAACCG